AGUGGCCCGGCAGGGUGCACACCUGUUCUCUGUGAGCUCUUUCCUUGUCAUAUUUCUCCCCUAGUGAUUGUAUGCUGGCUUUUAUUUUUAAUUUUCCUUUUGAAAGAAGAGAUAGAAAUUUUCAGCAGAGAAGGCAACUGAAAGAUGUCAAAGACAUGACUCGCUGGCAGCUGAACAAUGGUAUUGAUCAGAGAGAAACCUCUUUUACCAAGAAGUCAAGUGCCAUGCUAUGAGAAUUAAAGAGAGAGAAUUGAGCAGACAUGAGAAAGGAAGGGAGGAAAAGACGGAAAAGGAAAGAUGACAAGAAACGAGUGGUGGUCUCCAACCUGCCCUUUGAAGAAUGGUCCGGCAAAGAGAAUCCCAACAGACAUUAUCAUGGGAAUCAAAUAAAGACCAGCAAGUACACCGUGUUGUCCUUCAUACCUAAGAACCUCUUUGAGCAGCUACACCGGUUUGCCAACUUCUAUUUUGUGGGCCUUGUGAUUCUGAAUUUUGUUCCCGUGGUCAAUGCCUUCCAGCCUGAGGUGAGCAUGAUACCAAUUUGUAUCAUCCUGGCGGCCACUGCCAUCAAGGACGCUUGGGAAGACCUCCAGAGAUACAAAUCCGAUAAGAUGAUCAAUAGCCAAUGGUGCUUCAUCUAUAGCAGGUAAAACACACACACACACACACACAAACUUCCAGGAAAAUCUUGUUGUUCCAGCUCUGAUCUUUCUACGGCUGCUACCACUGCUGCUGAUUGCUAUGGGAGGGAUGGGGUGGA